AUGAGCCGGUCAAGGCACCUGGGCAAAAUCCGGAAGCGUCUGGAAGAUGUCAAGAGCCAGUGGGUCCGGCCAGCUAGGGCUGACUUUAGUGACAACGAGAGUGCCCGGCUGGCCACGGACGCCCUCUUGGAUGGGGGUCCUGAAGCCUACUGGCGGGUGCUUAGCCAGGAAGGCGAGGUGGACUUCUUGUCCUCGGUGGAGGCCCAGUACAUCCAGGCCCAGGCCUGGGAGCACCCCUGUCCCCCAGACACCCUGGGAGGGGCAGAGACAGGCCCUAAGGGACUAGACUCCAGCUCCCUACAGUCCGGCACCUACUUCCCCGUGGCCUCAGAGGGCAGCGAGCCAGCCCUACUGCACAGCUGGGCCUCAGCUGAGAAGCCCUACCUGAAGGAUAAAUCCAGCGCCACCGUGUACUUCCAGACUGACAAGCACAACAACAUCAGAGACCUCGUCCGCCGCUGCAUCACCCGGACCAGCCAGGUCCUGGUCAUCCUGAUGGAUGUGUUCACGGAUGUGGAGAUCUUCUGUGACAUUCUAGAGGCAGCCAACAAGCGUGGGGUGUUCGUUUGUGUGCUCCUGGACCAGGGAGGUGUGAAGCUCUUCCAGGAGAUGUGUGACAAAAUCCAGAUCUCUGACAGUCACCUCAAGAACAUUUCCAUCCGGAGUGUAGAAGGAGAGGUGUAUUGUGCCAAGUCAGGCAGGAAAUUCGCUGGCCAAAUCCGGGAGAAGUUCAUCAUCUCAGACUGGAGAUUCGUCCUCUCUGGAUCUUACAGCUUCACCUGGCUCUGUGGACACGUGCACCGGAACAUCCUCUCCAAGUUCACAGGCCAGGCGGUGGAACCGUUUGACGAGGAGUUCCGCCACCUCUACGCCUCCUCCAAGCCCGUGAUGGGCCUGAAGUCCCCGCGGCUGGUCGCCCCCGUCCCGACCGGAGCAGCCCCCACCAAUGGUUGCCUCAGCAGCAGCAGCGGCUCCGCCAGUGAACGCACGUCCUCCAACCCCUUCAGCGGCCUCUCGGCGGGCAGCCACCCCCGCACCCGAAGUGUGUCAGCGUCUUCGGGGCCCGGCAGCCCCGCGGCCCCGCACCCGCCUCCACCGCCCCGGUUCCAGCCCCACCACGGUCCUUGGGGAGCCCCGAGUCCCCAAGCCCACUUCUCCCCGCGGCCCCACGACGGCCUGCCCGCCGCCGUCUACAGCAACCUGGGGGCCUACAGGCCCACUCGGCUGCAGCUGGAGCAGCUGGGCCUGGUGCCGAGGCUGACUCCCACCUGGAGGCCCUUCCUGCAGGCCUCCCCUCACUUCUGAAGGUCCCUUCCCCUGCUGCCCUCCCCAGGCCCAGGACUGGGCACUCCCUGGGGCCCAAAGACCCACCACAAGGCGAGUGGCGUUGAGCCACUUCCCUUUGAAAAGACACUCACAGUCAUUGCCAUGGUUCAAUGUUCCCGGGCCCCAGGCCAUCCACUUGCCGGCCCCCACCAGUCCUUGUGUUCCCUGCUGUAGUUUGACCUGUGCAGCACAUUCCAGAAGGUUCCAGGGAGGUUGUGGGGCAGCUAGAGGACAAAAUCAUGAAAACGGAGCCCCUGUCUUCCAGAGAUCAUCCAGGGCUUUAAUAUUAAUGGCCCCCUAAACUCUGUAAGAAGCAUGAAAUGCAGCCCAAGUUUUACAAAUGGGUAAUCCGAGGCAUUGAGAGGUAGAUGGUAGGUUGGUACUUCUGGUUCCCAGUGCCUAGGAAUGGUCCACUCCCAAGAGAUUCAGGAAAGAAAGACUGAGGAGAAGCUGUGGGAACGUUCUGGAUGUUUCGGGAAAGUUGGGCAAACUCCUCCUCCUAGGAAAGGCUAAUACUAGGGUAUCCCUGGGCCUGAUGAGUUAGGGGUGAGGCUACGGAACCUGUAUCUGUGAGUUGUAUGGGGGGCCAUCUGAAGCUGUAGCCAUCAGGGAUGGAGCUAGCUGAGGAGUCUGGGGGGUCGGGUGGGACAAGACAGUUUAGUAGACUCAGAUUCUUGCUUCAAAGAGCCUUGGGCUGGCCUGGAGGUCCCUGGAGUCUAGGCUGGACCUAGGAGCUUGAGUUGUCAGGGGCCAGGACUGGCCCCACCGCAGUGCCCAGGCCAGUCUUGAGCAGCAGGGAGGGCUCAGCUGUCCCCAGAUCCAGGUGCCUCUGACCAGCCUGGUCACCUCCUGAGGAAUAAAUGCUGAACCUCACAAACCCCAUCAUUCAUUCCUUCUCAAUUCACAGUGCCUGUCUUUGUUCCUGCGGUGGUACUAGGUCCUAAGGGCACAGCCUAGCUGAGUGCAAAUAAAUAUAGGAUGCUUAGAAAGCGUAAAGGAGGGGCCAGGCAUGGUGGCUCAUGCCUGUAAUCCCAGAACUUUGAGAGGCCAAGAUGGGUGGAUUACCUGAGGUCAGGUGGAUUACCUGGUCUCAAGUCCAGCCUGAACCAAUAUGGUGAUACCCCAUCUCUACUAAAAAUACAAAAAUUAG